AUGCCGUGGAUCUGCUACAACACAACGCAGGCGGCGAAUGGCCCUUGGAAAAUGACACGUGGGCCAAUCAGCUGUACGGGGUACAUGUGGGGCCGCCAGCACAGCACAGCAGCACCCUCGUCGCACGUGGACUCGACCGUUGCGGGCUCGCGGCACCGCAGCCGGCAGCCCCCACCACCUCCACCUUCACGUGCGGGCGCCUGCCCUGCCCCCCCCCCCCCACAUGCCGCCACGAGGGACGACGACGGCCGGCCCCGCGACCCACGCGCCCGCCUGGCCUGGUGCGAGCGCCGUAUCGUGCUGACGGCCGAGGCACGACCCGUGGGCCCGAGGCACAGCCCGUGGCACGGCAAUUCGGCCUCGUCCGAGCACGGCCCGGCACGGUUGGAAACGGACGCGUGCCGGCCCGCGCCAAGCGCCGCGGCCGGGGGAGGGGACGCUCUAACCCUAAUUCAUUCGGCGGCGCCGCUCCCCAUCCCCACCCGCGCCGCUCCCCCUCCCCACCCACGCCCGCUUCUCCGCACCCUGCACCAAACCCUAAUCUCCGCCUACGCCGCCGCUCCCCACCGCCCACCGGCCACCGCCCACCGGUCGUCUUCCUACACUCCGGCGAGUUCUCCACCGCCGGAUCUACAAGCUCCUCGUUCGUCUUGCACUGUUCUCUGUCUCUGCCGCUCGUCUGCUCCAUUUCUUCGUCGUCGGGCUCUGCCUCAACUCUUCCCCGUCUAUCCACCGCUCUUCUUCUCCAUUUCUUUGGCGCCGGGCUCCGUCUCCGAGCAGGUCGUCGGCGUGAAGCUGGUGCCGCCGGAGGCGUUGAGGAACGGUGCCGAUUGGUGA